CGACUUAGUAGGUGAACCGAAUGGAAGAUCUUAUUCCAAGAGCAUCAGAAUUCUCAAUUUUGGUUUCAUGAUGUGGAAGAUGGAUGACAGAAGUACAGAGAUUGAUUCGUCUUCGAACGUUUCAGACGAGGAAAAUGAUACAACAGGUGUUGUUAGGGAUAGCAGAAGCAGAGAAGGAAAGAGCAAAAGAAAUCUAAUUGGUUUUUGGCUUCUUGGCUUAUGUAACAACUUUGGUUAUGUGGUUAUGUUGAGUGCUGCUCAUGAUAUUCUUCAUCAAGAGAAAACCAGUGGGCAAGGAAACCAAACAUCAAACAGCGCAAGCUUGACAUUGGAUGUUACUGAGUCAUUCAACUCAACUGAUGGUUUAAAUUGCAACCCUUUGUCAACUGGGACAGUUUUGUUAGCUGAUAUUUUACCAACACUCAUUAUCAAGAUUACAGCACCAUUUUAUAUGCAAAGAAUACCUUACAGUGUGCGCAUGGCAAUAUGUGUUUUGUUUGCCUUUGCAAGUUUUGUCAUUGUGGCCUGUUCUCAUGCACUCUGGUUUAGUUUGUUAGGUGUGGUAUUUGCCAGUAUAAGUUCAGGAUUUGGAGAAAUCACAUUACUGAGCUAUUCAGCUCAUUUUGACAAAGAUGUUGUUUCAACAUGGUCUUCUGGUACUGGAGGUGCUGGAGUGUUUGGUGCACUAUCCUAUGCUGGGUUCACUUCUGCCGGGGUCACGCCGAGAAACACAGUCCUAAUAAUGAACAUCAUACCAUUCACAUUAGGAGUCAGCUACUGGUUCAUCCUCGAACAUCCCAAGGGUGUAACUGAACGAGAACCUUUGUUGGAAACAGCAAGGACAGAAGGAGAUGAGAAGCUCCCAGUGGAUCCGCUAACUCUGAAAAUGAAACUUAUCAUUACUAAGUCAUUGCUGAAGUUUAUGCUGCCGUUAUUCUUUGUUUAUUUUGCUGAAUAUUUCAUCAACCAAGGUUUGCAUGAAUUGAUAUACUGGAAUAAAAUCUGGCUAACGCCUUCAGAGCAGUACAGAUGGUAUCAAGUUGACUAUCAGAUCGGCGUAUUUAUAUCACGUUCGUCUGCUAAUAUUUUCCCCAUUAAAAAGAUUUGGAUACUGGCCAUUCUACAGAACGUAAAUCUCGUCAUUCUCCUUUGCGAAGCGUAUUUCCACUUCCUGCCAUCAGUGUGGAUUAUGUUCUUGAUUGUCUUAUAUGAAGGGCUUCUCGGAGGUGCUUGUUACGUCAAUGCAUUCUACAGAAUAUCACAAGAGGUCCCACCGGAACAUAGGGAGUUCUCAAUGGGUGUGACUAGUAUGGCUGACAGCUGCGGUAUAGCAUUGGCAGGGGCUACUGCUCUGCCUACCCAUAAUGCUUUGUGUACAUACUGGAGAAACAAGAUCAGAAGCUAACGGUUACUUCGGUGUUUAAGUCAAUGGAUAGGUUUUUCAACCGAAAUCAAUGAAUUAUGGGAUGCAAGAAUGUUUAAAUUCAAGUUUGGAUUAAUAAAGAGGGAAUGCCAGAAUUGGCUUCAUUUUCUAUAA